UUUAUAAAGCGGGACUUAAAUUUUUUUAUUUUUUAUUUAUUGGUGUAUAGACAGGAAGUUAUUGUGCUGCCCUGAAGCCGGCGCUUCGCCCUCACCCUUCUGUCUGUCUGUUUUAUGAUCAGUAGAAUGUGUGUGUGCGGCUUCGACUGAGAGAGCGGUGUAAUGAUAAAAGCCGCAUUUGCGGUACCCUCCUCUCACCUCAUAUAAGUCAGGAAAAAACGGAGAACCCGUCUUAUUUCGUUCCUCCUCGAGCCCUAGACUUAUCCACGUCUCGGAGAACAUUGUGAAGCACCAUGUCCAGGCCGUCAGGGGGCGGUGUUGCCAAUGAUGUCACCCGUUUCCUGUCCACGGGGGCGGUGCCAGGCUCGCCCACUUCCUCUACCCCCACUGGCCACGUAUUCUCCGCCUCCAGCCAGGCUGAUUGGGCGGCAAAGAGGCUCGUCUGGGUUCCGUCCGAGAAGCACGGCUUUGAGUCUGCCAGUAUCCGUGAGGAGCGAGGGGAUGAGGUGGAGGUGGAGCUAACAGACAGCCAGAGGAAGCUGACCCUGUCCAGGGAGGAGGUCCAGAGGAUGAAUCCUCCCAGGUUCAGUAAGGUGGAGGACAUGGCUGACCUCACCUGUCUCAACGAAGCCUCCGUCCUACACAACCUCAGAGAGAGAUACUACUCUGGCUUGAUAUACACAUACUCGGGCCUGUUCUGUGUGGUGAUCAACCCCUAUAAGAACCUGCCCAUCUACACAGAGUCUAUAGUGGAGAUGUACCGAGGGAAGAAACGCCAUGAGAUGCCCCCUCACAUCUACGCUAUAUCAGAGGCUGCCUACCGCAGCAUGCUACAAGACAGAGAAGAUCAAUCUAUCCUCUGCACCGGCGAGUCUGGCGCAGGGAAGACAGAGAACACUAAGAAAGUCAUCCAGUAUCUGGCUCAUGUGGCCUCGUCCCAUAAGACUGGAACUCUGGGUAGAAACAAGGAGGCAUCACAGGUAAUCCUCCAGGGGGAGCUAGAGAGACAGCUGCUACAGGCCAACCCCAUCCUGGAGGCCUUUGGGAAUGCCAAGACUGUCAAGAACGACAACUCCUCCAGAUUUGGCAAAUUCAUCCGUAUUAACUUUGACGUGGCUGGAUACAUUGUCGGUGCCAACAUUGAGACCUACCUGCUGGAGAAGUCGAGGGCGAUCCGCCAGGCCAAAGAUGAAAGGACCUUCCACAUCUUCUACCAACUCAUGUGUGGAGCUUCAGAGACCACCAGAGCAGACCUUCUCCUUGGUAGUGCUGACCAGUACAGGUUUCUGAGUGGAGGUGCUAUACCUGUUCCAGGCCAGAGUGAUGCUGACAACUUCACCCAGACCAUGGACUCUAUGACCAUCAUGGGAUUCACACCAGAGGAGUCUCUGUCCAUGUUGAAGGUGAUCUCUGCGGUGCUCCAGUUUGGGAACAUCUCGUUCACUAAGGAGAAGAACCAGGACCAGUGCUCCAUGCCAGACGACACGGCUGCCCAGAAACUGAGCCACCUGCUGGGCAUCAGCGUGCUGGAGUUCUCCCGGGCCAUCCUCACCCCCAGGAUCAAAGUAGGACGCGAGUACGUCCAGAAGGCCCAGACCAAAGAACAGGCUGACUUUGCUGUGGAGGCGUUGGCCAAAGCUACAUAUGAGCGUCUGUUCCGUUGGCUGGUCCACAGGAUCAACCGGGCGCUGGACCGCAGACAGAGACAGGGAGCCUCUUUCAUAGGCAUACUGGACAUAGCAGGCUUUGAGAUCUUUCAGUUGAACUCAUUUGAGCAGCUGUGUAUCAACUACACCAACGAGAAGCUGCAGCAGCUGUUCAACCACACCAUGUUCAUCCUGGAGCAGGAGGAGUACCAGAGGGAGGGCAUCGAGUGGAGCUUCAUCGACUUCGGCCUGGACCUGCAGCCCUGCAUCGACCUCAUCGAGAGACCGGCCCAGCCCCCUGGUGUGCUGGCCCUAUUGGAUGAGGAGUGUUGGUUUCCGCGGGCGACAGAUCGUUCAUUUGUGGAUAAGCUGUCUGCUGAGCAGGGGACACACCCUAAAUUCUUCAAACCUCGACAAAUACGACAAGAGGCCGACUUCGCCAUCAUCCACUACGCUGGGAAGGUGGACUAUAAAGCAGAUGAUUGGCUGGUGAAGAACAUGGAUCCUCUGAAUGACAACAUAGCGUCUCUCCUCCACCAGUCCUCUGAUCACUUCAUCUCUGAGCUCUGGAGAGAGGUGGAGAGGCCCGUAGGGCUGGACCAGGUGUCCAACGACACCAACAGUGGGCCGGUCAACUUCGGGGCGGGGCUGAAGACUAAGAAGGGGAUGUUCAGGACCGUGGGUCAGCUCUACAAGGAGUCCCUCACCAAGCUGAUGGCAACACUACGCAACACCAACCCCAACUUCCUCCGCUGUAUCAUCCCCAACCACGAGAAGAAGUCUGGUAAGCUGACUCCCCAUCUUGUUCUGGACCAGCUGAGGUGUAAUGGAGUCUUAGAGGGGAUCCGUAUCUGCAGACAGGGCUUCCCCAACCGCAUCCCCUUCCAGGAGUUCAGACAGAGGUAUGAGAUCCUGACUCCUAAUGCUAUCCCUCGUACCUUCAUGGAUGGGAAGCAGGCCUGUGAACUCAUGAUCAGUGCGUUGGAGCUGGACCGUAACCUGUUCAGAGUUGGGCAGAGCAAAGUGUUCUUCAGGGCUGGAGUCUUAGGUCACCUGGAGGAGGAGAGAGACCUGAAGAUCACUGACACCAUCAUACACUUCCAGAGCGCUGCCCGAGGAUUCCUCGCACGCAGGGCCUUCCUGAAGAAGCAGCAGCAGCUGAGUGCUAUGAGAGUGAUGCAGAGGAACUGUGCUGCCUACCUCAAACUCAGGAACUGGCAAUGGUGGAGGCUGUUCACCAAGGUGAAGCCUCUGCUGCAGGUGACUCGUCAGGACGAGGAGAUCCAGGUGAGGGAGUCGGAGCUUAAGAAUGCCAAAGACAACCUGACCAGAGUGGAACAGGACUACACUGAUCUGGACAAGAAACACAUACAGCUGAUGGAGGAGAAGGCGGUGCUGACAGACCAGCUGCAGGCGGAGGCGGAGCUGUUUGCUGAGGCGGAGGAGAUGAGGGCCAGACUGGUCAGCAGGAAGCAGGAGUUGGAGGAAAUCCUGGGGGAGCUGGAGGGACGAUUGGAGGAGGAGGAGGAGAGGGGCGUUCAGAUGACCAAUGAGAAGAAGAAGAUGCAGCAGCACGUGACGGAUCUGGAGGAGCAGUUGGAGGAGGAGGAGUCGGCCAGACAGCGCCUCCAGUUGGAGAAGGUUACCCUGGAGACCAAGGUCAAGAGUCUGGAGACAGAGAUGCUGAGCACUGGAGAACAGAGAGACCGCCUCAGCAAGGAGAAGAAGCACCUGGAGGAGAGGUUGAAUGAGGUGACAGACUCACUGACUGAGGAAGAGGAGAAGACCAAGAGUCUCAACAAACUGAAAAACAAACAGGAAGCAGUCAUUGCUGACCUGGAAGAUCGGUUGAAGCGUGAGGAGCAGGGUCGUCUGGAGCAGGAGAAGUGGAGAAGGAGGAUGGAGGGGGAAGCUGUGGAAGCCCAGGAGCAGCUCUCUGACCUGGGACUAAUGUCCGCUGAACUCAGGGGCACCCUGGCUCAGAGAGAGAAAGAUAUCACAACCCUACAGGGGAGGUUGGAGGAGGAGGGUGCACGAAGGACUGAGGCUCAGAGGGCUCUGAGAGAGGCCAUGUCUCAGGUGUCAGAGCUGAAGGAGGAAGUGGAGAAUGAACGAGGGAUGAGAGAGAGGGCAGAGAAACAGAGGAGAGACCUGGGGGAGGAGCUGGAGGCCUUGAGGACAGAGCUGGAAGACACACUGGACACCACGGCGGCCCAGCAGGAACUCAGGUCUCGUAGAGAGGCAGAGCUGGGGGAGCUCCAGAGGUGUGUUGAGGGGGAGACGAGACGUCACGAGGCCCAGCUCUCAGAGCUCAGAGUCAAGCACUGCUCUGCCAUAGACAACCUGCAGGAACAACUGGACAACAGCAAGCGGGCCCGUCAGUCCCUAGAGAAGGCCAAGACUCUAUUAGAGGACGAGAGGGUGAGCUUGGCCUCAGAGCUAAAGUCCCUGCAGGGGGGCCGCAUGGAGAGUGAGAGGGGCCGCAAGAGGGCAGAGGGCCAACUCCAGGAGCUGACCACACGCCUCGCACAGGCCGACAGAGAGAGAGAGGAGAGAGAGGAGCGACUGCACAAGCUACAGUCUGAGAUGGAGACCCUCUCUAGUUCUCUCUCCUCCUCUGACUCCAAAUCCCUCCAUCUCAACAAGGAGGUCAGCAGCCUGGAGAGCCAGCUCCACGACGCUCAGGAGCUACUUCAGGAUGAGACUCGUCAGAAGCUGGCUCUGGGCUCCAGGGUGAGAGCUCUGGAGGAGGAGAGGAAUGGACUGAUGGAGAGAGUGGAGGAGGAAGAGGAGAGAGCCAAGGAUCUCUCCAGACAGAUACAGACUCACACUCAGCAGCUGGCUGAGUUGCGGAGGCAAUCGGAGGAGGUGAAUGGGGCGGUGGAGGCAGGAGAGGAGACCCGCAGGAAACUGCAGAGAGACCUAGACCAGGCUGUCCAGAGAGAACGACAGAAGGAGGAGGAGAAAGAACGUGUGGAGCGACAGAGGGAGAGGCUGAGGGAGGAGAUAGAGGACAUGACCCUGGCCCUGCAGAGAGAGAGACAGAACUGCACCACCCUGGAGAAGAGGCAGAAGAAGUUUGACCAGUGCCUGUCAGAGGAGAAGGCGGUGAGUGCCCGGCUGGCUGAGGAGAGAGACAGGGCCGAGGCAGACAGUAGAGAGAAGGAGACACGCUCCCUGGCACUGGCACGAGCCCUGCAGGAGGCCCAAGAUCAGAGGGACGAGCUGGAGAGAUCUAACAAGCAGCUCCGCAUAGACAUGGAACAACUAGUCAAUCAACAGGAUGACGUGGGGAAGAAUGUGCAUGAGUUGGAGCGUUCCCGCCGGGCCCUGGAGACAGAGGCAGAGUCCCUGCGCACUCAGACCCAGGAGCUGGAGGAGGAGCUGGGGGAGGCGGAGAACUCCAGGCUGAGGCUCGAGGUCACCCUCCAAGCCCUCAGGGCCCAGUUUGAGAGAGAGAUCAGCACCAAGGAGGAGAAAGGAGAGGAGAAGAGGAGGUCUCUCAACAAACAGGUGAGGGAGUUGGAGACCCAGCUAGAGGAGGAGAGGAGUCAACGCUCUCAGGCCAUGUCCGUCAAGAAGCAGCUGGAGGGGGAGCUACAGGAGGCUGAAGCCCAGGUGGAGACAGCCAAUCGCGGCAGGGAGGAGGGGCUUAGGCAGCUACGGAGACUGCAGGUUCAGAUGAAGGAGGUGCUUCGUGAGCUGGAUGAGUCCAAGCUGGCCCGUGACGAGGUGGUCGUCCAAUCAAAAGACACAGAGAAGCGCUUGCAGACCUUGGAGGCGGAGUUACUGCAGCUUACAGAGGAUUUAUCAGUGUCUGAGAAGAUGAGGAGACAGGCUCAGCAGGAGAGAGAUGAGAUGUCUGAUGAGAUCGUCAACAGCUCUACCGGGAAGUCUGCUCUGUGUGAUGAGAAGCGGAGGUUGGAGGCGCGAGUCACUCAGCUGGAGGAGGAGUUGGAGGAGGAGCAAAGCAAUGCUGAACUAGUGGCCGAGAGACACAGGAAGACUACACUUCAGGUGGAGACUCUGACGGUGCAGCUGCAGGGAGAGAGGACCCUGGGCCAGAAGGCUGAGGGGGCCAGGGAGUCUCUGGAGAGGCAUAACAAGGAGCUGAAGCUGAAGCUGGGGGAGAUGGAGGGAGCUGUCAGGGGAAAACACAGGCUCAGUGUCGCCGCCCUGGAGGCCAAGAUGGACGGCAUGGAGGAGCAGCUGGAGCAGGAGAGACAAGAGCGAGCGAUAGCCAACAAGCUGGUGAGGAAGACAGAGAAAAAACUGAAGGAGGUGAUGAUGCAGGCAGAGGACGAGAGGAGACACGCAGACCAGUACAGAGAACAGUUGGAUAAAUCUAUGGGCCGGCUGAGGCAGCUGAAGAGGCAGCUCGAGGAGGUGGAGGAGGAUAACUCUCGUUCCAACGCCCAGAGACGUAAACUGCAGAGAGAGAUGGAGGAGCUGACUGACAGCUCCCAGAGCAUGACCCGCGAGAUCACCGCUCUACGCAGCCACCUCAGUCUGCCUCACACUCCACUCCAUCCACUCAGCAUCACCACAUCUGAACGGAAACCAGAGAAGCGUGCUCCGAUGCCCCUUGGGAUGCGCUCAGGUCGCAGGGCGUUGGUGGAUGAUCUGUCGUGUGAGAACUCUGACUCGGAGGAGCCCCCCCCCUCCCCGACUCCUUCUUCUGGUACUGGCCCCGGAACUGGCCCAGGCACCCCCACACCCCCUUCUGAAAACAACAGUCUGGGGCCCCCCCCACCAUACAGCCUUAACGACACUGAGUAACACACACACAAACACACACGCAUACAUACAGAUACAUACUCACACAGACGCAUAGGCCUGCCUACAUGUAUAUGUACACAUAGGCCUGCAUACAUGUAUAUGUACACAUAGGCCUGCAAACAUGUAUAUGUACACAUAGGCCUGCAGACAUGUAUAUGUACACAUAGGCCUGCAUACAUGUAUAUGUACACAUAGGCCUGCAGACAUGUAUAUGUACACAUAGGCCUGCAGACAUGUAUAUGUACACAUAGGCCUGCCUACAUGUAUAUGUACACAUAGGCCUGCAUACAUGUAUAUGUACACAUAGGCCUGCAUACAUGUAUAUGUACACAUAGGCCUGCAUACAUGUAUAUGUACACAUAGGCCUGCCUACAUGUAUAUGUACACAUAGGCCUGCCUACAUGUAUAUGUACACAUAGGCCUGCCUACAUGUAUAUGUACACAUAGGCCUGCAUACAUGUAUAUGUACACAUAGGCCUGCAGACAUGUAUAUGUACACAUAGGCCUGAAGACAUGUAUAUGUACACAUAGGCCUGAAGACAUGUAUAUGUACACAUAGGCCUGAAGACAUGUAUAUGUACACACAAAUACACCCUCACAUAGACUGACUUACUGAUCCUGCACUUCUUUAAACUAUUUCCUCUGCAGUCCAAACUAGAACAGGGAGCAUACACACACACACUCACACACACUCUCUCUCUCACAUACACACACACACACACACACACAAUUUAAGGGGGGAAAAGGAUUUGUUGAUGAUUCGUGAGCAAGAAUAUGGACUGUAAUCUCACUGGGGGAAGCUUCAUCUCCCAGACAUCUGAGGGACAGUGAAUUAUAUCAGCAUAGCCAUGUUCUAUUGUUAUGAUACUGUAUUAUGCUUCAAAUGGCAGAAGUAAGAUGGCUACUGGCCACUAUCAAUGUAAGGCCAUGUUUAACCCUUUGAGGAACUCUGACAAUAUUCCACCUGUGUUUAGCGUUCUUGUUGAGGACAUCGCAAAGGGCUGCUAAAUGUUCUAGAAUGCUGUAGAAUCCUGGAAUAAAACACUCCGAAUAAUGUUCCACUCCUCAAAGGGUUAAUGACAAUCUGCAUGUUUGGGAAGACAUUUUGCAAGACUAAAGAAACACACGCACACACAUGCACACACACACAUGCGCACACACACACGCACACACAUGCACGCACGCACACACACACACACACACAGGGGACUGAUUCAUGUUUCUAUGUAUGUAGUCCCUCUGUCAGUGUGUCCUGGAAAAGGUAAUCGCUCAUUGACUGCUAGUGUGAAAGACAGCUGAUAUGCUCUUCUGUCUUUUAACAAGCCUGGGAGAAGCUCCCAUGAGUUGUUCAUCUUUCUCUCUCUCGCUUGAAUAUCAAUUUAAGGCCAAGUUGUUAUUUUAAAAUGUAUUUUAGAAAACAAACACAGAAUGUCUGAAGUAUUUUAGGAUAUAUUACUAAUUUGUUUGUAGUUUGAAUUAGGUCAUAUAUGGGGGAAAUAUCAAUCAGGGAAGAGGGUUAAGUGAGAGAGAAAAAAUGAAAAAUGAUAAUCAACCUUGCUGUUGUAUGCACAAUGAAGAAUGAAGCCAGCGGCAAGUUUCUAUAGAAAAAGACUGCUGAUAUUUCACUCCAUCAUCACACAUACUGGUGAAACUGGCUAGGGCAUAAACACCGGCAUCAUCGUAGACCAUAUCAAUCCAUCUUAUGAUUGUCAUAAGAUGAUGAAAUGUUGCUAUCUUUUGUCAUGAGAAGCGAUGACAACCAAACAUGUUGUUGCAGUUGCAUCAAACACUAUUGCAAAACAAACCAUGCAGUCUAUCUUCGGUCCUGUGCUCUGAUCUGGGUUAUCUAGACAUUCAUGGACCUUUUUGGAUUGAGACAGAUAGGUAGUUACUGUAGUUAGGCCAAUGGAUUGGCAGGUAUAGGUAGAUAGAUACAGUAGGUAGAUACCGUAGGUAGAUAGAUACAGUAGGUAGAUAGAUACAGUAGGUAGAUAGAUACAGUAGAUAGAUACAGUAGGUAGAUAGAUACAGUAGGUAGAUAGAUACAGUAGGUAGAUAGAUACAGUAGAUAGAUAGAUACAGUAGGUAGAUAGAUACAGUAGGUAGAUAUAUACAGUAGGUAGAUAGAUACAGUAGGUAGAUAGUUUCUUUAAGUCUUUAACAUAUCUCUUCUUAUAAAUACAGGCAGUUGAAUCUGUGUCAUUUAUAUCAGUCUGAAUAUGAGCAAAAUCCUCCAUUAUUUAUUGCCGCUGGCUGUUUUUGUAUUGUUUCCAGUCUGUUCAGACAUAUCAUUGGUAGAUGACAUACUGGUAUGGUGUCACUGGCACUGAUGGAAAGGAAGGCAGGGCCUCACACAUACUGUAACCAUGGCAAUAGAGAGAGGUUAAGAACAGAAUCACAAUUACUAGGUGGAUUGUGGUUAACAACAUCUGUCUAUCUAUGUAGACUUGUGUUGUUGAAUAAUUCCUGGAUGGGGUAUUGGUUGUUCUAUUUGACAGUGUUAGGGAGAUUUGUAGGUCUUGGUUAGUAGGGAAUGCACUGGAAAUAUAUUGGACAGAGAGAUGACAGACAUUUAAGACAGUAACCAACACUACAUCAGAACUCACCUGUGGAGCAGGACACUGGAAUCUCUUACACAGAACA